AUGGUACACAACCUGACCAGAUCCCCAGAGCAAUUCGUCGAAUUCUACUACAAGACGUUCGACCAGGACCGAACAGCGCUCGCACCCCUCUACAGAGAUGAGUCGAUGCUCACAUUCGAAGCCACUCCUUGCCAGGGCGCACCGAGCAUCAUCGAGAAGCUCAAGGGUCUGCCUUUCUCUCAGAUCGAACACCAAGUCAGCACGGUCGAUGCACAGCCGAGCAAUACGAGUGGCGGAAUCUUGGUUGUGGUGAGCGGAGCGUUGUUGGUCGAAGCAGAGAAGCGGCCGAUGAGCUAUACGCAGACUUUCCAACUCCUGCCCAACGGACAAGGGAGCUAUUUCAUCUUCAACGACUUGUUCCGAUUGGUCUACCCGGCUGCAUAA